AUGGCUACCACAAUGUGCCAGUGUUUGGGCUUUGGCAUCUCGGCCCUAGGUUUCGCUGGGACCAUCGUUGCCACCGCGUUGAACAUGUGGAGCACACAGGACUUGGGCCAGGAUCUGGUGACCUCGAUUUACAAAUACAUGGGUCUGUGGAAAACGUGCAUGCAGCAGACAUCCGGCUACACGGAAUGUCGCCCCUUCUACACUGUCCUGGGGCUUCCAGCCACGUUCCAGGCCGUCCGUGCGCUUAUGAUCGUCGCCAUUGUGCUCGCUUUAAUCGGUUCCGGUGUCUCCAUCGUAUCCCUCAAGUGCAUUCGACUGGGAAGCAUGGACGAUGCUUCAAAGGCCAACCUAACGCUCACAUCCGGGAUCCUGUUUAUUGUUGCAGGAGUUUGUUGUAUAGCUGGCGUAUCGAUCUACGGCAACAUGUUGGUGACAAACUUCUGGGAGGCAAACAUGUCAAUGCUUGGGAAUCAAGGGUCAGUUCAGCAGAGGUACACAUUCGGCUCGGCCUUGUUUAUAGGCUGGGUUUCUGGAGGCCUGCUUGUUAUCGGUGGAAUAGUGAUGUGUAUCGCCUGUCGAGGUCUGGUCCCUGAGGAAACGGGCUACAAAGCCAGCACACACCACGACACGGAAAUGACCCACAUUAGGAAGAGCUACCCUGAUGACAUUGAAUCAAAGAAAUCCGGAUAUAACCGCAAUACCGAGGACUCCAGACGUGCUGCACCCGGGAAAUACGACUAUGUGUAA